AGCUAGCGACGAUUGUCAGCCUGCGGGGCCCUACCGGUUUGGUUGAACUUGCGGCUUCGGCAUCGCUGGCGACCGGCACCAACGUUGAUGGGGAGCUGUUGAUGGGAGGAGCAAACCCCCCCCCCACCUCUUCCUCCUCCCGCCCUUCCCAUCCGAUGUUGUGGGCGGUUGCCACCAACCCCACUCGAACCCCACUCCCACCCCGCCUCCUGCCUCCGCCGGCUCUUCACUCGCGAAACGAACUUUCAACCCACAGUGUCUCUCGCCCCUCGCGCGCACUCCCGGCUCCCUUGGUGGCCACGGACAAGGGGGCGAGCGACUUGGGCGGAUCAAACGAGGAGGGAAGGGGAGGGGUUUAAAAAAUAAGAAUCUUUCUUGUGUUAGAUCACUGGCGAAUUUAAUGUUGCAUUUUUGUUGUUGUUGGAGGUGGGGUAGAAGUCGCGCUGGGGUGACAGGGCAAGACGGUAACUGCAGACGGACUGUCCAUGAAUUCAAGCGUCACAAGGUGAGCUCGCCAACACCUUGAAGCGUUCGCUGCGCCUUCGUACAAGCUGAGAUGAAGAGCAGCCAGGACAACAGCAGAGAUGGACUGAGCUAGUCGGGGAGCUGUUCCUCGGCGGCCGAGACGCCAGCUACAGAUGUCCACCCGGGUACGGGAGCAGAUCUACAUAAUUUAGCAUCAAACGGUGACUGAUCAAGAGGGACGACUGUUGGAUUGAGUUGCUGCGGAUUAAUGAAAAUACUUUUGUAAGGAUAAUCUCCAUUGCUUCGUCCAUCGUCUUCCCGAAGACCUGGUGGGCAGACGCCACGAUUUGGCGUUCCGUCCUCUUGCGCUAAUUACAAAGCUCCCAAGAGCCUCCUUCCUGCUAACAAAUGGAGUGAACAUCCCGUCCCCUCCUCACGCCAGGAAUCGUACGUUCCUAUCUGUUCCGUUUCCUCCCGAGAAAGUCCAUCGAAGGCGGCAGGCUACCGGUCCACCUCCAGCUGCGCUCGCCUACAAAUGAUCCACAAUGCCUCGCCGAUCUCGUCAAAGAGCAUAGACCGCCACACCAACUCCGGUCAUCCUCGCAGCGUUUUUCGGCUCCCCGUCGUCGGACGAAGACGGUCGCCGCAUCGCGCGGCGCUUGCGGAUGCGCUUCCGCGGCCGUCUGGAACGCUCUUCCGAUAUAAGGAAGCCGCCGGAGCUGUGCACUUUUCAAAUCGAGAUUGAAAAACUCAUUUCCUUGAAGUCGAUUUUCGCGCUCAGUUUGUCGUCCUUCCCCUGCGACCUCCGAUUGGCGCGGCUGGCCACGCACGGCGUGAACGAAGCUCAACGUGCAUUCAGUUGCCACGACGGAACGGGCCAGGUGGCGGACGUCUCCUCCCGCGAGCAGAAACCCCCCGCGGCCGGGGGCGAUGUGCCAGGGAUGAGUUGCGAGGCGAGGGGCACAGCCGAGGACGAGGGUACGAAGGAGAAGCCGGAGUGGGAGCAAUGGGCUGCGGCAACAGCAAAGUCCUUCCCGAGCACCCGCGGGGAGAGGGCGCCGACCACGCGGUUAAGACGGUGGAGUACACCGGCGUGGCCAAGCACGGCGGCGCCGACCUCCACGCGGUCAAGAACGGCGGCGGCGGCGGCGGGCCCAAGGGUCAGACGGACCGCGUCUCGGCCGCCUCGGCGGGCGGGCAGCGGAGGAACAAGGUGGCCAAGUACCGCGCCAAGUUCGACGGGCGCGUCACCGCCAAGUACGACGUGAAGGCGCUCAUCGGGCGCGGCAGCUUCAGCCGCGUGGUGCGCGUGGAGCACAGGGCGACGAGGCAGCCGUACGCCAUCAAGAUGAUCGAGACGAAGGCGAGGGAGGGCCGCGAGGUCUGCGAGUCGGAGCUGGGCGUGCUACGGCGAGUGCGCCACGGGAACAUCGUGCAGCUCAUCGAGGUGUUCGAGACGCCCGAGCGGGUCUACAUGGUGAUGGAGCUGGCCACGGGCGGCGAGCUCUUCGAUAGGAUCAUCAACAAGGGGUCGUUCACCGAGGCGGACGCCACGCGCGCCCUGCAGAUGAUCCUGGACGGCGUGCGCUACCUCCACAGCCUGGGCAUCACGCAUCGCGACCUCAAGCCCGAGAACCUGCUGUACUACCACCCGGGGGUGGACUCCAAGAUCCUCAUCACGGACUUCGGGCUGGCGAGCUCGCGACGCAAAGGGGACGACUGCACCAUGCGCACCACGUGCGGCACGCCCGAGUACAUCGCCCCCGAGGUGCUGCUCAGGAAGCCGUACACGAACGCCGUGGACAUGUGGGCGCUCGGCGUCAUCUCGUACAUCCUGCUGAGCGGGGCCAUGCCCUUCGAGGACGAGAACAGGACGAGGCUGUACCGGCUCAUCCUGCGAGGGCAGUACAGCUACGCCGGGGAGCCGUGGCCGAGCGUGUCGAACCUGGCCAAGGACUUCAUCGACCAGCUGCUGAGCGUCGAGCCGACGAAGCGGCUGAGCGCGGCGCAGGCGCUGCGCCACCCGUGGGUGGUGACGAUGGCGGCCGACUCGUCGGCCAAGGACCUGCACCGCUCCAUCUCGCAGAACCUCAUCAAGCGCGCGUCCUCGCGCCAGAGCAACAAGUCGGUUCACUCCACGCGCUCCGCCAAGUCGGCCCGCGCCCGCCGGGCGCGCGAGCGCGAGAUCCGCCAGCUCAACCUGCGCUACCUCGAGCAGUGAGCGGCGCACGCGGAGGUGGUUCAAGGAGGCACGAGCAGCAGAAGCUCAAAGCUGAAGCGGCAAGCAGCAGCAGCAGUAGCGGCAGCAGCAGCAGCAGCACCAGCAGCACCAG